UUCAUUUCUGUAGUUAUGCUCUGUCUAUGUUCUAAGGACUGGUGCUCUGCGGGAUAAGUAAACAGUUUGUGGUAAACAUGGAAGAAUCUGUUUGCGUCAAAAACGAAGAAAAAAAUAUUGAUAUAAAACAAGAAAAUUUGGAUAGCUACAAAUAUGAUUUUGAUUCUGGGAGUCAAGAUAGUAACAAAAGUGAUAGUGGGAGUUAUCAAAGAUGGGCCCCUAAUUUAAAUGGCAUCCGAAAAAGUGCAUUCACACCAUAUAAAUCUGUUCAAUGUACUGCUUUGACUAAUUUACAGCGAGGUAAUACGCAGGCGCGCGUCCCUGAACUGCCCCAGCCAGAUUGCAGCCUACACGCGAAGGCUGGACGUGGAGAAAUAACCCGUGACGAUUUGAAACUGGAGCAGUAUGUCGACAUCACUGAUGAACAUGGCCUUACGGCUCUACAUUGGGCAGCUAGCUAUGGACAACUAAAUAGCUGCCAAGAUCUUGUUUGGAGUGGUGCAAAUGUGAAUAUGCGAGGUCCUGAAGGAGAGACAGCAUUACAUCUGGCUGCAGCAGGAGGUCAUCAUGAAGUUGUCAAGUUUCUUUUAAAUGAAGGAGCAGAUGCUGAUAUUCAAGAUGAUUCUGGUAGUACAGCUUUGAUGUAUGCUGCUGCUGCAGAUUUCCCCUACACUUGCAAUGAGCUUCUCAUACGCGGUGCUGAUCUUACCCUCACCAAUGAUUAUGACCAAGAUGCUUACACUUUGACCACUACAAACAAUUGUAAACUGGCACAAACUGUGAUAGAAAAUUUCUUGAUCGGCUGCCUAAGCAAAAUGUGAACAAAUAUCCUACUGCUCAUGUUAAGUUGCUUUGGACAACAAUUUCUCAAUCAGCAGAUUCAUUUGCAUUCAGCAGAUUAAAACAAAAUACAGGGAUUUAGUUUAUAAUAUAAAUGUAUUAAAUAUUUUAAGUUCAUAAUUAAUUAUACACAUUGUGAUGUGAUAACUGACUAAAAUACAGACAAUAUCAAUUCAUUUGGCAUUUUUCUUUAAAAUAAUUUAAUUAUGGACCUCUUGAAAUGUUACUUCUUAAUGUUAAUGAAAAAUAAAAGAAAGGUUUGACCAAUAUUUAUACAUAGUAUUUUUGUUAGUAAGUUUACAAAAGCAAUGAAGGAUAUUUUUCAAUAAAGGUAAAUAUUUAAUAGCACCGAAAUUACAUAAAAAGUAAAUAUACAUUUCAGUAUAUUUUUUGUUCAAUACUAUUGACUAGAUUAUAUUUUUAUGUGUAUUUUUCACAACUCUCAAUAUGCUUUUACUUCUUGUAAAACAUUUCUCUAUUAAAACGCACAUCCAUCAUAUGGACUGGUUUUAGAAAUUUACUGGACUUGUUUAAAUGAAUUGGUUUAAUUCCCACGUUAAUUAACUUAUUUUGCAAUGCUUACAAUAUAUAUAACAUCAUUUAACCCAGUCUAUGUUAGAACCUUGUAGCACCAUUUAAUUAUUUUUUUAUUUAGAUUUAGUUUAUAGUUUGGAUUCAGUGAGCCAGUUGAAUGUCUGUGGCUUCCUGUUAGCCUGAGGACUGAUGGCGACAUUAAUGAUGCUUGGUCUGUCUGUAGUGGCUACUGCCUUCUUUAUGGCCAACUCUAUCUCUUCAACGGUGCGGCAAAAGUGGCCGCUUUCACCGAACAUUUCCAUCAUUUUCUCGUAGCGAACUUCACUACUUAGCGAUGUUGGUGGAGUGCUGUAAAUAAAAAUCCAUUAUUCAAUAAUGAUAAAUGAAUAGCAAACUUUACUGAAACUGUUUUAAGUGG